AUGAAUGAGCUAUUAUUAUCUCUAAUUAACUUUAGUGUAAAAGAAGAAUUAAAAAACAGUAGUAAUAUUAGUGAUAGUGUUGCACAUCUUGAUAAAUCACAAUAUGACAAGUUUAAAUAUAAAUCAUAUUUAACAACACUUAGUUUGUUUGGUGAUACACUACCUGAUAAAAAUGAAUUUCCACCGUUUUUGACAAGUUUAUAUUUGCCCUAUUUUUCUAAAAAGUUAACUCCAACAAAUUUACCAAAUACAAUAACUACACUCACAUUUGGUGAUAAUUUUAACCAAGUAGUUCUACCGGGCACAUUACCAAAUAGUCUCACAACACUCACAUUAGUUAGUGAUUUUAACAAAGUAGUUCUACCCGGCACAUUACCAAAUAGUCUUACAACACUCACAUUCGGUCAUCGUUUUAACCAAGUAGUUUCACCGAUCACAUUACCAAAUAGUCUCACACAACUCACAUUCAGUCAUAAUUAUAACCAUAUAGUUCUACCUUACACAUUACCAGAUAAUCUCACAACACUCACAUUCGGUCAUUAUUUUAACCAAGUAGUUUUACCCGGCUCAUUACCAAAUAGUCUUACAACACUCACAUUCGGUUUUGGUUUUAACCAAGUAGUUCAACCGGGCAUAUUACCAAAUAAUCUCACAACACUCAGGUUAGGUUAUAGUUUUAACCAAGUAGUUCUACCCGACACAUUACCAAAUAGUCUCACAACACUCAUAUUUGGUCAACGUUUUAACCAAGUAGUUCCACCAGGCACAUUACCAAAUAGUCUCACAAUACUCAUAUUCAGUCAUGAGUUUGAAAAUCUAUUUGAUAUUCAAUAA